CAGGAGUGGGACCGGCAGGGAAGAUGCCCGUGGCCGUCAUGGCAGAAGGUGCCUUUAGUUUCAAAAAGUUGCUAGAUCAGUGCGAGAACCAGGAGCUCGAGGCACCUGGAGGAAUUGCUACACCCCCAGUGUAUGGUCAGCUUCUAGCUUUAUAUCUGCUCCAUAAUGACAUGAAUAAUGCAAGAUAUCUUUGGAAAAGAAUACCACCUGCUAUAAAAUCUGCAAAUUCUGAACUUGGGGGCAUUUGGUCAGUAGGACAGAGAAUCUGGCAGAGAGAUUUCCCUGGAAUCUACACGACCAUCAACGCUCACCAGUGGUCUGAGACGGUCCAGCCGAUCAUGGAAGCACUUAGAGAGGCAACGAGGAGACGGGCCUUCGCCCUGGUCUCUCAGGCCUACACCUCGAUCAUCGCGGACGACUUCGCAGCGUUUGUUGGGUUCCCUGUGGAAGAGGCUGUGAAAGGGAUAUUGGAGCAAGGAUGGCAAGCUGACUCCACCACAAGAAUGGUCAUGCCCAAAAAGCCAGUUGCAGGGGCCUUGGAUGUCUCCUUUAACAGGUUUAUUCCCUUAUCAGAGCCUGCCCCAGUUCCGCAAUCCCCAAUCCCCAACGAACAGCAGCUCGCCAGGCUCACCGAUUACGUGGCUUUCCUCGAAAAUUGACGCCUCAUCUGCUUUACGAUGACACCUCAUCAGCGUUCCGUAUCCUGACAAAUGUAAUUUUGUAUUUUCAGUUUAUUGGAUGGAUUAAGCACCUCGGCGCUCCAUACUGAGUAUGUGAUAAAAUACAGAUGUAAUAUAAAGCAUGUUAUAUAUUUG